AUGGCCUACGAUAAUCAAAUCGCCACAUCCCGCAACACUUCCGCAGCAGCAAAGUCACGGGACGCCAACUUGUCGCCCAGCCGGAAGACGGGGAUCAGACAUUGCAAGGACUACCCACCCCUCAAGAAAACAGCCACCUCGCUUUCACGGGUGGAGGAAUUCGGGGAACCGGUGGUGGACCUGGACCACCUGGACAAGCUCAGAGAGUGCAAUGAGGAUCGUGCACGCACCGCGUCAGCAAAUGAAUCAACAAGUGGAGAUGAUGGAACCACCACGAUAAACAAA